CGACCUCAGUCUCCUCUUGUACGUCGCACGGGGCGGACGGUUUGCGGCUCCUAUACUAGGUGUUUUUAACAUUCUCAAAUUCUGUGAUACAUCGAUAAUAGUGCUUGUGGAUUAGUGUAAUGUGGCAAAAAUUGCAAAUUUAAAUGUGACGGAAGAAGUUUUUACACGAAACCGCGUUGGUGCCGUUACGUCGCGCUUCGGCGAUUCAGUUAAUAACUUGUGGAUCUACAGUGACUGUGUAAUAGUGGUUUUGCUAAGAUUUAAUAUCGUGGAAAGGUCACUUACCUUGAUCGAUUUAUAUCAAAGUUAUGGAACUCGUAGAUAAAUGUAGUGUAUUGUGAUAUCAAGUGAUAAAAGUGAUAACAAUUGAGCGAAUGGGCCUUUUAAUACAUUAAGUGAAUAUUAUUUUUUUAUAUUAUAAUGGUUACAAUCUAAAAUGGAGAGAAAAUUGACUCGUGAGGACUUCAUGCGGAAAAGUUUCCGCGCACCUCGGGUGUCGCCAGCUCCUGACUCGCCAACUGCGACUGUGAACGGUGCGCCGCCACCUUCCCCCGUGUCCUUAGCGAUGUUGGAACGAACUUCCCAAACACCACGUACUGAGUACGAACUGACGUCUUCGGGCAUUGCCCCUAAACGCUUAGAACUAAACAGAGCUCAUCCGAUACAUCUGAAAUCGUUCCAAGCGACCGAUCCACCCGAGGACAACGGUCCGACUCCUCCUUCAGACGAUGUUUUACGCAAAUUGGAAAGGCAAAUCGGUGAAAUGGAACGUGGCCUUGAAAGAGCUCAAAAUGGUACCGUUCAAGUCGACGAGCGAGUGAGGUACGCGGAACACGAAAAUCUUUUACGCACUGGAGUAUCUUCAGUGGGCGGUGGGGGCUACUUGCCAGCAGACUCAGAUACGGAACACGAUGUGGUACCGUUUAAUAGAAACGAAAGUACAAGAAGUAGCACGGGAGCCGCAGCUCCAGCUGCUAGGCCAUCUACUCGAUUAUCCCGAACGAACUCCGACACGCAGCAGCACACGGUCGCUGUCACCGCUCGUUUGAUGAGGAAGCUAGCGGACGGGGGUACCAAGGAUGAGAAGACCAAAGUGAUAUCGAGGAAAGCGAUACAAGCUAGGAUGGAGAGGGUAAAGAACUCCGUAGUUGGAACGAAGCACGAGCACAGAGUGUUGGCAGAACACAGAGCGGAACCUGUGUCACCGAAGAGCCCCACGUCGCCUGUCUCGACGCGCUCUUCAGUACAGAGCGCGUCGGAGACUUCGGCGGGUGCGGGUGGCGGCGGCUCGUCCGGCGGCAGCGCCAGGGUCUCCUCGAGAUCUAGGGCGUCUGAGGAGCCGCAUAUUGGCAAGUACAAACUCCUGAAAACGAUCGGAAAGGGUAACUUCGCGAAGGUGAAGUUGGCGAAACAUGUGCCGACCGGUAAGGAGGUCGCGAUCAAGAUCAUCGACAAGACGCAACUCAACCCUGGCUCCUUGCAGAAACUGUUCAGAGAGGUUCGUAUAAUGAAGAUGUUGGACCACCCGAACAUUGUGAAGUUGUUCCAAGUGAUCGAGACGGAGAAGACUUUGUAUCUCGUCAUGGAAUACGCGUCUGGUGGCGAGGUGUUCGAUUAUCUGGUGCUACACGGUCGCAUGAAGGAGAAGGAGGCUCGUGCCAAGUUCCGACAAAUAGUAUCAGCUGUUCAGUACUGCCAUCAGAAACGGAUCAUACACAGAGAUCUCAAGGCUGAAAAUCUCCUGCUGGACGGCGAAAUGAACAUCAAAAUAGCGGAUUUUGGAUUCUCAAACGAAUUCACUCCUGGUGCAAAGUUGGAUACUUUCUGUGGGUCACCGCCUUACGCUGCGCCUGAAUUGUUUCAAGGCAAGAAAUACGAUGGACCGGAAGUGGACGUGUGGUCGUUGGGUGUGAUCCUGUAUACUUUAGUAUCCGGGUCUCUGCCCUUCGACGGAUCGACGCUACGGGAGCUGAGAGAAAGAGUGCUACGUGGGAAAUAUAGAAUACCGUUCUACAUGUCGACCGACUGCGAACAUCUCCUCAAGAAGUUCCUGGUGCUGAACCCGGCGAAGCGAGCCUCGCUCGAGAGCAUCAUGCGGGACAAGUGGAUGAACAUGGGCUACGAGGACGACGAACUUCGACCCUACGUCGAGCCGCAGCAGGACUUCAAGGACCACAAGCGGAUAGAGGCGCUCGUGUGCCUUGGAUAUAAUCGACAAGAGAUCGAGUACUCGCUGGCCGAGGCGAAGUACGACGACGUGUUCGCGACCUACCUGCUGCUCGGCAGGAAGAGCACCGACCCGGAGUCGGACGGCAGCCGGUCCGGCUCGUCGCUGUCGCUGCGCAACGCCGCCGCGCCCGGACAGCCGCCCGCCGCGCAGCCCGCCAACGCGCACGCCGGCGCGUCGCCGUCGCACCGCGGCGUGCAGCGCAGCAUCUCGGCCAGCGCGCGCCCCGCCGCGUGCCGCCGCGCCUCCUCCGGCGCAGAGGUGCUGCGCGCGCAAGUGGGUACGACGACUAGCGCUGCGAAUAAUACGACGUCAACGUCAACAACCACAACGUCCAAUUUCAAAAGACAGAACACAAUCGACUCGGCCUCCAUUAAGGAAAAUACGGCGCGGAUCGCACAGAUGCAGGUACAAAAUACAACGCGACCGACGAGCGCUCAACCAAAAUUAGAGCCCCGAUCUCGUACACUAACCAGCGGCGCACGAAGGACCGAAGCGCACCAGACACCGCACCAAACGUCGCACCAAACGUCGCACCAAACGUCGCACCAAACGUCGCACCAGGCGGCGCCUAAGCUGUCGCCGCCUCACGACACGCCGAGCGCGCAAGCGGGACAGGACGCUAAGAGUACCGGGAACGGGACGACGGGGACUGUCGGGACGGGCACUGCGGGUACGGUGGGUAAGACGCAUGUCAAGAGCGCGUCGAUAUCGUCCGCUAGCGGAGCCCCGCCCCUGGGGGCGGAGCCCUCGCACAAUGCGUCGGCACGGGACCUCGCGCAGCCGAGACCGAGCCUGAACGCGUCGCUGUCGGCGGCGGGCGGCGCGGGGGGCGCGGGCGGCGCGGGCGCGGCGGCCGCGCGCCGGGACUUCCCCAACCCCUCCAUCGUGUUCCCGCGGAACGUGCCCUCGCGCUCCACCUUCCACUCAGGUCAAACGCGGUCGCGCGGCGGCAGUGCGGGCGGCGCGUACGGCGACAGCGGCUCCCCCCACCAGCCGCGGACGUCCUUCUUCUCCAAACUCUCCUCGCGCUUCUCCAAGCGGUUGAAUCAAAAUCCAUGAGGCUUCGCUGACGUCCGUGAAACGGAGAAGAUUAUUUUUUAUUAUAUAAUAAGCUAAUCUAUAGAGAAAUAUGUGCAAAAUUGUUAUGCUUAAUUUAUGAGUUCUGUAUGAGGUUUUAUAUAAUCCGUGGAUUAAUUUAUUUCACUCAGCGUAUUGCGUCGUCACAUCUCCGACAGAGACACAUCUUAGCCCAGUGUGUAUGAAAUAUUUUUGAAAGCAAUAAUUUCUUUAAAUCAAAAUAAAUAGCAUAAUUUCUUCGCAACAAUAAAUGUACAUUUGGGAACAUUUCCAUAAUCGCGUCAAUGAUGUAAACUGUAUUUGUAUACGCUGAGUAAAUAGAUUGAUAAUGAUAUUGUUUGCGAAUGUGUUAACAGUUGUCUUUGUUCGCUACGUUAGGUAUUGUAGGGUGUCUUUAACGACCUCGAGUUUGGCUUGUCGUAUUAAUGUUUGUUUUUAUAUCGCGGCGACAUUUCCGAUUUCAUGUUGUCUUGUUCAAAUAGAAAUAACACAUGCAUAGGUAACAAGAGGAUAUAUAUUUCAUAAACAUCGGAUUGAACUUACUACGUUUUAAAUACGUUCAAAUUUUUUUGCUCAAAUUUUGAGACAAAUCACAAAAGGUGAUUUUUUCUAAUAGUUAGGACAAGUUAAUUUUUCCCCAGCAAGCAGGGAAAGCACUUGAAAUUUCAAUUUUCAAUCUGUUUAAUUUGUGUUGGUAAUCAAUCUCGUUCUCGGUGAAGGCGAACAUCGUUAGGGAAACUGCGUGUUUCGGAUGAAAAUCUGCGAAAUGUUCAUAUGAGAGACACCAACUCGCAUUGGAAUAAGCUUAAAAUCUUCUAAAGUAGACGAGGGCUUAACCCAGCAAUUAAUAUACAACGCGUUACUUUUUAUUAUUCUUUACAUAAAAACAAGAUAUAUUCACAAUUAUUUGGUCUUGUUCAUUAUUAUUAUUUUUUUAACGAGAAGGUAAAUUGUAUAAAAAUACGUUUUCCCUUGAUUAUAUAUCACAGCGCUAUUUGAAUGGGCCAACAUGUAAUGGAGACCUAGUCCCGUCGCGUGUCGCAUUUCAUCGUAGCUUAAGUGAAUACAGUUCUAUUGUCGAACGAAUUUUGUACAUUCCAGGGUUUUCAAGGACAUUGGGCCUUCGCGUCGAUUGUGUUCUGUAAAAAUUGUACAAGAAAUAAAAAAAAAAGUAUCUAAAAGUUUAUAUAUAGAAUACAAUCUUACGGGGUCCUAUUUAGCACAAAUAUUUUUUUUUUCCUUUUAAAUAUUCGUAUUAUCAUUAUGUUUCGGACUCAAUCUAUAUAGACUAUGACGACUGAGCAAUUAUUUUGUAUAUUUGUAAUAUUAUAUUAUACAAAUUAAGACAUUACAAUUCAAUAAUAUAUUACUAUGUAUGUGAGCCGUUUUAGGAGACGGAGAUUCGAAAUAAUAUACGUAGAGGCUAUGAGAUGGGUUAUACAGAUUAUCAGUCAUAUAGAAUAAGGGGGGAGGAAUUACGAAGAUAUAGUACAUGCGACAUAGUCGAAGCGAUUAUUCAAUAUAAUACGCCAAUUGUUGAUCACGCGAUUAGUUUAAUACAUAUGUAAUUUGCUUAAGUUUUGGUCUU